AUGCAGAAAUACGAAUGCGGGCUUGAGAAGAAAAUUCAUGAGUAUUUGACCUGCGACGGGAAUCCCAAAUGUCCAGAGACUGAGUCUUGCAAUUUUGCAACGGUUGAUGUAGCACCACCAUUUGUCGGAAUCAGUGAGGUUAGUUAAGU